AUGAACAAGGACCUGUUCUUGAAGAUUGUCCACGGCGUCAGGGAGUACGACACGUACUUCAUGGUCAAGAAAGAUUGCACAGUUUGUGGCGUGCGCUGUCUUGCAUACGGAGCUCUUCCAGAUACAACCAAUGACUACCUACGGAUUGCAGAGUCGACAUGCACAGAGACUCUCUACAAGUUCUGCCGAGCCGUCAUAGCGGUGUUUGGUAAAGACUAUUUGGGAGCACCAAGAGCAGAUGAUACAGCUCGGAUCCUACAGAAGAAUGCAGCAAGACGGUACCCUGCUCUUAUUUGGUCUAAGACACAGAUGUGGGAGGUGAUGAACGCCUGUGUGAUCAUCCACAACAUGAUUAUUGAGAGUGAGCGUGACACACCUGUGAAGGAUGAUCAUCCAUUUGAUUAUCAAGGACCACUAGCUGAGGUAGAGCAUGUGCCCCAAGAAUUUGUUGCUUUUCUUCAUAUGCACAAUGAAAUUCGAGAUGUAGGUGUCCAUGCACAGCUGAAGGCGGAUCUAGCUGCGCAUUUGUGGGCGAGAAGAGGAGCAGCCAACAAUGCAUGA